AUGUGCUAUAUGUGCAAAGGGCAUGGGCAUGUGAAAAAGGAAUGCCCCACUUAUUUAAAGGCAAAGGGCAAAGUCUUUGCCACUACCCUUAGUGACUCGGAUAGCUCCAAUUCAGAUUCGGAAGAAAGUUGUGACGGAGAAAGAAACUACUCUACAUUUAUGACCAUUGCACCCAUGGACUCUUUUGAAGAUUUGAAUGCUCUAGUGGAAGAGCUCGGUGAGCACACCGAAGUGGAGUCAAUGGGAGUUGGGGAGGAAUUCAAAGAUGAAGAUGAAGAUGAAGAAUGCAUCUAUAAAGGUACCAAGGGAUUGCAAGAAACCUAUAAUUAUCUUUUUAAGAAGACCGGUGAGUAUGCAAGAGUGGCCAAAACAGCCAUUAAGAAAAUGAAGAGAGCCGAGCAAGAUUACAAAAGUCUUCUAAUGCUGUACAAGGAGACUAAAUGCGAAGUUGAGACACUAAAUGGAGAACUAACCGAAGCCUAUUCUAAGAUCAGGUUUCUUAAGCUUGAAGUGAUUCAAGCUAAUGCUAAAGUGGAGUGGGUUGCCUCCAAGAAGCUUGAUGAAGUGCUUGCACAUCUGCAUGAGUCAGAAUUUAUCGAAGAUAUUGUGCAGGCGACAUUGCACAAAUUAAGUUAUGCAUUCCCAAGAGAUACCAAAGGAUUGAAUGAUGUUCGCAUAAUAGGGGUUUGGGGCAUGGGGGGAAUUGGUGAGACAACCCUUGCUAGAUUUGUCUAUUGGAUGAUUUUUAAUGAUUUUCAAGAUGGUAGUUUUAUCACUAAUAUUAGAGAAGAAUCUGAAGAACAUGGUUUGCUUCCAUCACAACAAAAACUUAUUUGUGAAAUUUUGAGGGAAAGAAGCAUGAAUAUACGGGAUGUUGAUGAUGGAGUUCUUAUGAUCAAGAAUAGAAGUAAGGAGGAAUGGGAAAGUGCAUUAGAUAGGCUCAAAGAAUUUCCAGCAGAAGAAAUGAGCAAAAUACUUCAAAUAAGAUUUGAUGGACUUCAUAGAGUGGAACAAGAAAUAUUUCUACAUAAGGCACGUUUCUUUAAUAUGAAAGACAAAGAUUAUGUAGUAGAAAUACUUGAUUGUCUUGGUCUUCACCCUAAAAUUGGAUUAAAUGUUCUUAUUGAAAAGUCCCUCUUGCAAGAGUAUGAAAAUAAAUUUUGUACGCAUGAAUUACUGCAAAAAAUGUGUCAAGAUAUAAUUCGUCGAGAGUAUCCUCAAGAACCCAGGAAGUGGAGCAGAUUGUGGCGACAUAAGGAUAUUCACAAUGUGCUGAUGAAAAACAUGGAAGCAGAAGCAAUUCAGGGCAUAGUCCAUGUACUUCCUAAGAUGCAUGAAUUGGGUGAACUACAAUAA